AUGGUUGACGAGAGAAGGACCCAAAAUGAAGUUGCAUUAUACUGUGACAGUUGCGCAGGACAAAAUAAAAAUAAAGCCAUGAUUGUAAUGCUCUAUUAUUUCAUGCAAUAUCAUGCGAGUUUUGUUGAAAGGCUGACUAUAAACUUCCUCAUUCCUGGACAUACCAUGAUGCCAGUAGACUCUGUGCAUGCAACAAUAGAAGGAUUUAUACAGAAAAGAACUAUUUACGCACCAUCUGAAUGGCAAACUUUGAUUGGAAAUGCUCGGACAAAUCCCAAAAAAUAUGAGACAAUUCUUUUAAAAAAUAAUGAAAUUAAAGAUUGGAAUUCCUAUGCAACAGCCUUUUUACCAAACAAAAUUAAAAUACAAACAAGCAAGCUGCGUAACGCUAGAUUUGAAAAAGGCGACAAGUUCUAUCUUAAAUACGACUAUGAUGGACCCGAACAAGCUAUUGAAAUGUCUCUUAUAUUGAGGUCUCGGCAGAAUCAACAAGCUAUUCGUGAACCUAAAACUGCUUACACUGAAAAACUUCCCAUCUCGAAGGCGAGAUACGAAGAUUUAAAGAAAAUGUGCGAAAAGGGUAUCAUACCAGAAUUUUAUACAAAAGAAUAUCUGGAUUUGCCCUGCGAUAGAAACACAAGAGACGCUUUACCUGAGACUGAUGAAGACGAGGACUGA